ACACCAUCUCGUCAUCUACCUCUAUCUCUCUCUCUCUCUCUCUCUCUCUCAACACAACCGGGUUUACUUUCUGAAAUUAGUUCUGUUCCUCUAUGUUUUUACACGCAUUUUGGGAAUGAAAGUUUCAAGAAUGAAACAGAGCUCUCUUAUAUUCAAGCUGGCGAUCGAGAAUCAAGAAACCACCAUCCGGGAAAUCAAGCCCAACAACAAGAGAAUCAUGAGAUGUUUUGCAGGUUAAGUGACAAUCAGUCAUAGAUAAACAGUGACUUCUCUGAUGGCCGUUCAAGGUGCUUCUUCCUCUUCCCUUUCUUCUUCUACUCGUUGGUGGAUUUAUGAUGUAUUCUUGAGUUUUAGGGGCGAAGAUACUCGUCAAAAUUUCACUGCCAAUCUCCUUGAAGCUUUGGUUCGAAAGAAAAUACACACAUACAUAGAUGACAAGCUUCCAAGAGGUGGGGAAAUCUCAGAAGAACUUCUUAAAGCUAUUGAAAGCUCAAGGAUCUCAAUUGUCAUCCUCUCAAAAGAUUAUGCAUCAUCCAGGUGGUGUUUGGAUGAGUUGAUGAAGAUCCUAGAGUGUAAAGACAGAGAGCAUGCGCAACAAAAGGUUCUACCAGUGUUUUACCAUGUAAAUCCAACCGAAGUAAGACAUCAGAGCGAGAGUUUCGAAAUAGCAUUGGCUAAACUUAAAGAUAGGGUCAAGGAUGAGUCGAAGUUGGAGAGAUGGAAAGCAGCUCUAAAAAAAGUGGCCAAUUUGUCUGGAUUCACUUUAGGAGAAAGGACCGAACCACAACUGAUUCAAGAAAUUGUUCGAGAUGUUUCUAAAGUAGUAAAGCCUAAAUAUUUAAAUGACGUUGCCGAGCAUCCAGUCGGAAUGGAGUCUAGAGUACGUGACGUCCAUGAUAUACUUCAACAUGUGGGAGUGAAUAAUAUACGCAUACUAGGGAUCUAUGGUAUUGGUGGAGUUGGUAAGACAAAUUUGGCUAAAGAAAUCUACAACUCAUUUACCGACCAAUUUGAAUGUUGUUGCUUUCUUGCAAACGUGAGAGAAACUUCAAAGCGUGAGUAUGGUUUAAUUCAAUUGCAAGAGAUACUUCUUUGCGAGAUCCUCGGUGACUGGAGUUUGAAGGUUAGAAAUGAAGAUGAAGGAAUGGGUCUCAUAAAAAAAAUGCUUUGGAGUAAAAGGGUUCUUUUAGUUCUUGAUGAUUUGGAUCAGUCAGUCAAAGUGAAAACCAUACUUGGAGGAUGUGAUUGGUUUGGUUUAGGAAGUAUAAUCAUUAUAACAACUAGAGAUGAACAUUUAUUAACUAGUUAUAAUGUUCAUUUACGAUAUAAGGUGAAGGAAUUGGAUCAUGACGAAGCUCUUCAACUUUUUUGUUGGAAUGCCUUCAAAAAUGAAAAUCCUAACCAUGAUUUUGUCGAAAUCACAGAAAAUGUACUGCAUUACGUUGGGGGCCUUCCGUUGGCUUUAAUGGUGGUAGGCUCAGAUCUAUUUGGUAGGGACAUUCAUUAUUGGAGAAGUGCUUUAGAAAAGUACAAAAAAAUUCCUCCCAAAGAUAUUCUUGAAACGCUUAGAAUAAGUUAUGAUGGCUUGGAUGAAAGUGAGAAGAGUAUUUUCUUGGACAUUGCAUGUUUCUUUGCAGAAGAGGAAGAAGAAUAUGUUACGAAAAUACUUGAUGCUUGUGGUUUCUUUCCUAACUGUGGUAUCAAAGUACUAGUGGAUAAGUCUCUCAUAACAAUUGAGUGUGGCAAAUUAAUCAUGCAUGACCUACUCAAAGAUAUGGGUAGAGAAAUUGUUCGUCAAGAAUCACCUGAAGAACCCGAGAAACGUAGUAGGUUGUGGUUUCAUGAAGACGUUCGUCAUGUAUUUGAAGAAACUAAGGGAACAAACAUGAUUCAAGGCAUAUUGAUAGAGUUUCCAAAACAAGACUUGAUAGAUUUGAAUCCUGAGACUUUCUCGGCGAUGAGAAGGCUCAGGAUAUUUAUAAAUCGUAAUGCACGCUUCUCAAGAGAACCUACUUAUCUCUCAAAUGAGUUAAGAGUACUUGAUUGGCACAGCUAUCCUAGUGAUUCUUUCCCACAAAACUUUCAUGGAAAAAAACUCCUCGUUUUAAAAAUGGAUGAUUGCUUCAUCAAAGAAUUGGGAGAAGGAUUGAAGAAUUUCCAGAAGUUGACUACUGUAAAAUUCUCUAAAUGUAAAUUCCUAACAAAGAUUCCUGAUGUGUCGGGGCUCCAGACUCUAAAUAGAUUGGACAUUGAGGAUUGCAAUAACUUAGUUGAGGUACAUCAAUCUAUUGGCUUCCUUGAUAAACUCGUCAAAUUGUCAAUUGUAUAUUGUCAGAGCCUUUCUAGUUUUCCAAGCUCCCUCAAGUUGAGAUCUCUAGCAACACUUAUUCUUUCUUAUUGUGAAAGGUUGCAGAAGUUUCCUGAAAUUGACAGUGAAAUGAAAUGUUUAACAUAUGUUAAACUAGAACACUUGACUGCUAUAAAUGAAUUGCCUUCAUCUAUUGGGAAUCUUACUAGCCUCUUGGAUUUACAAAUAAGCGAUUGCUACAGAUUAAGGCAUAUCCCUAAUAGCAUUCAUCAGUUGCAACAUCUACGUUGUCUCAUUCUCGACCGUACGUCAGAUGAUCAAAGCCAAUAUCCCUUACCCUCCUCCACUGCAGAAUUGUUCUCUUCAGAUUUAUCGGGAACUGCCUUCAAUUCCACCUUGGAAGUUUUAGAUUUAUCGGGAAGCAAUAUUGUCGUUAUCCCUCCUGAGUGGAUCAGAGGAUUUGUUCAAUUACAGUUACUUGAGUUGUGUCAUUGCGAGCAACUUAAAGAAAUCUUAGAACUUCCUCCAAAUAUAACUACGGUAAACACUAGGGGAUGCAUUUCAUUGGAGAGUUUUCCUGAAGUUUCAAAUCAGUUUGAAUUCAAUACAAGCAGCCUUAAAGUACGUUCGAUUAACUUGAGUGGAUGCCAUAAAAUGCUUGUAAAUCCUCUACGGUUUGAGGAAUAUGUAGAGGAUCUGGAAGAAGAUUGUGAACUUAUAUUUCCAGGAAAUAAGAUUCCAGAUUUGGACUACCAUUGCAAGCUGAAGAAGACUCGAAAUAGUUAUGUAUGUGAUGGGAUAAAUGUUGAUUUGGUGUAUUCGAAUGAGAUUAAAGGGUUCAUUGCAUGUGCUGUUGUUCUGUCUGAUCCCUCCCAAAGGUCUCCCCGCAAUAAUAUGCAUAUCGAGAUCUACUAUAAUGGUGUUUAUCAGUAUACCAGCACGCGUACAGCACAUAUUGAUCCAAGUAGCUCAGAUCAUGUAUGGUUGUAUUACCACAAACUACAAGGAGAGCGUUUAAAAUCAGUGGAGGGAAUUCUGCAACUUAAGUUUGAUAAGGACCAAGGUGGAGUCCUAAUUAGAAGUUUUGGAAUCCAGGUGCUACGCAAGCAGAAGGAGACCAAUACAUUGCAAGACGUUGCAAGUUGGAGUCCCUGUGUUAACGUCCAGCCCUCUUCAGAAUCAAUAAUUUCUGAUUUAGAGAAUGGCAGUCACGAUGAGAAUCCAAAUGAUCAAGAUUUGGAACGUCAUGGGGUCCAUUUGGUAGAGAAGGAUGAAGGGAAGACAAGAGAUCGUGAUACAGGUGUGCUCCACGAAGAUGUUGGUGCCCAUCUUGAUGCAUCCAGUGAAGAAAUUGAAGGUUGGGUACAUUUAAUGGAUGGUAAGAGACGUCAUGAUGAAGAUGAUUGCAACUUGGAAUUUAAUUGGUACCCUCAACAAAAGAGACAGUAUUCCUCAACCAUGGGCAUCAGAAUAACAGAAUUAGAGAAUGACGAUGAGAAUUCAAAAGAAGAUUUGGAUUUAGAGCUUAAACUUGGGUUGUAAUUAAAAGGUUUUCUCAAAGAUCCGAGGAGAAGUAGGGUAUAUACGAGAGUAUAGGAGAAUAUUAGAGCAGCUAGUCAGCUACUAAUAUUUACUUGUGGAGGAUUAAUCCUCUGGACAUGUAAAGAGCUUGGAAAUGCAUGCGCUCAAGGGAUCACCAAUUGACACCUUGAUCUGGUCCUGUCUUUUGGAAGAGCGGUCGGGUGCAACAUCAUACAACUAUGAUGCCGCUGGUGCUGCUUACACACUCAAAUGGACCUUCCAUAAUGAGCUUGGCCUUGUAUUUGUUGCUGUAUAUCAGCGGAUCCUCCAUCUGUUGUAUGUGGACGAUCUGCUUGCAAUGGUGAAGCGUGAGCUUUUGGAGAUGCAUGAUCCGAAAUGGACAACCUAUACUGAUUUCGAUGAAACUUUUAGGCCACUGAAAAAGGAAGUUGAAGCUCGUGCAGAAGAUUUGAAGAGAUUAAAGUAGGUGGUGGGCAAGCCUCUAAAUAACAGUAAGAAGCAAGGGCAGAUGCAAAAUGCUAGAUUUGAAGGAGUAAGUAACAAAACGAGUGAAAGUACUUCCCCCAAUGAUGGUGGGGAUGGUGAUAAUACGAAAGGCCACAACUUGGAGAAUGGGCACUCCAAUGGUAACUAUGUUCAUAAUGAAGAUUCUAAGGUGAAUGGUGGUGCGAACAGUAUAGAAAAUGGGAGCUCCGAUGCUCUGGGGCUUUUGAUGUAAAUAAGCUUCAAAAGCUUAGAGCUAAAGGUGGGAAGAAAGCCGAAACCCUUGUUAGCAAGGGCUCUAAGGCAGAGCCAAAGAAAAAGAUAACAAAGAAGAAUAGAGUUUGGGACGAUUCACCUCCUCAGGAAAAAUUGGAUUUCACAGAUGAUGUGGGUGAGAAUGGGGACAAUAUAGAGGUUGUUGCAGCAGAUCAUGGUGAAAGUAUGAUGGACAAGGAAGAGAUUUUUAGCAUUGAAAGCAAGGCUGAAGAAGAAGAAGGGGUGGUUUU